AUGAAUCUCUCUAACGAACUUUUUGCUACUGCUCUCCCUCGUUCUCAAACUUCUUCUUCUGCUAAUGCUGUACGUCGUGCCCAUUCUCAGGAUAUCCGUUCCUCUACCCGUCCUGCCUCUUUGACUUCCGACGUCACUCCUGCCCAGGUUAGUUUGAACUCUGAUUCAGAUACUGAAUCCAACUAUGACGAUGCUGCUAGUAACUUCGACAGUGACUCCGACUGUGUUGCUUCCUCCGUCGUUGUUGGUAAAUUCGCUGGGAGAGAAUUCGAUGAUAGUGAAGAUGAUCGCGAAUUAAACGACGAUAGUCAGGUUGUUAACUUUGCCAACGUCGUAUCAAUUCUGGAGAAAUCGUCCGAACAUGAUAAUGUUGCCUCAUUUACCUAUUUCCUUGCUCCUGUCCAUGAUGAGGUCUUGAUCGUGAACAGCACCGAUUUUGUUGAAGAACUGGAAAUCUGUGAAGUAAAUGUCGAUGCCUUCAUCACUCACGGCUUGCGUAACAUUCCCUUGCUCCCGGAUAACUGUGUGCGCUUUUACCUGAGCCCUCCCUUUAGUACUCGUAUCACUCGUUUGGAUUACGGCACGUAUGAGCACCACAAUAUCAAGAUGCCUGUUAAGGACUACCAUCACACGUUACGUUUUACGAUGGAUGGCCAAUGCCAUCUGGAAAUCCAUAUCAUGUUUCCAAACAUGAAGGAGCUUGGUGUGGAAAUGCGUACUGAAACCUCUAUACCAUGA